AUGCAUGUUUUUCUAGCUCAAAAAUAAAGGUUGAACUGUGCUAAAAAAAAUCGGGAUACGGCGUGCCUGGUCUGAAUUCAGAUUGAGCCAUUGUCUUAACUUUAUUAGCUUGGAUGCUUCAGGGAUCGAUAGCGUUUUAAUGAGAUUUUUAGGCUACGAAGGGCGGCGCCUUAUGUAUGUUCGGUGCGUACGUGGGUGUCUCCUGCAGCGGUCCAGGCGCGUGUCGUGUUUAUCGCGUGCUGUCUGUCGCACGAGGCGCACUGCAGCUUCCCCACUGUUGCUAAGGCGACACCAUUUAUUUAUUAUCGCCUCCGCAUUCAGGGCGAAUGUCAAUAAUGGACGGCAGUGAGAUGGUGAAGCAGUGGCGCAUUUACUAUGUAAAACUUCUCUGUUCUCCUCACGAACGUAUGACUUUGCUAUGACGAAAAAAAAAUUAUUCUGAUUACAAAAGUCUUAUUCUAAAAUUUCUUAAAAUGGUGAUAGACGCCAUGCCUUCCAAUAAUUGUUAAAAAUAUGUGUUGUAGCUUUUCCCCACGGGUUUAAAAACCCGGAAAUGAUCGAGUUGCUGAGUCUUGAGGUAGAGCUUUCAUCAUAAAACCAUCACUUGGUUUUGAUGCGUCAGUUAAUACGUCGGGGGAGGGAGAUAGGCUAAAUGUAGAAACUGCUAAUUUUCGUAAGGUAGGCCUAACUAGAUUAAUGUUCUUUACGUCGCGGACUGUUGAACUACAAGACAUGGUGUGUGUUCACAUUUAUCAGUAAGAAGGCUUUUGCCCUUCAUAAUAGUAGCUUAGCAUGUGAUUAAAAAUGAUGAGUAAUUUUUAUUCUCGCUCAGAAAAGAAGCCGUAUCCCUUUAUCGGCGCUGACCCAAUUCAUUUUGAGCAGACUUGGGCACCUUUUUCUGUGAAAGGAGUGAUUUUCAUAUUAAUGCAUAAGGCCAAAGAGAUAUACUGGCCACCGCUGUGUCCCACAGUGAGACCCCGGCCUAUAUUUGCCAGUCCUGUAGGAUCUGCAAAGUGUUUGAAAGGUUUAAAACUGCUUGAUUUCAUACAACAAAGAACAGCGCUACACUAUGUUAAAAUUAAUGACCAGGAUUUUGCUGUGGAAUUUUAAGAUUCCCGAUGAUGAGAAAGGCCAUGACUUGAAUCUGUUUUGUGUACCCAAACACUAUGAAGAAGAUUUGGAUCGGGUGAUUAUUCCUCAUGGGCUCAUUAUGGAUAGGACAGAACGAUUGGCCCGAAAUAUAGUACAAGACAUGGGAGGGUGCCAUAUAGUUGCCUUGUGUGUCCUGAAAGGUGGUUAUACAUUCUUUGCAGACCUGCUAGAUUACAUGAAGGCGCUUAAUCAAAACAUCGAUAAAUCUGUUCCGUUGACUGUGGAUUUCAUUAGACUAAAAAGCUACUGCGAUGACCAGUCUUUGGUUGAUGUUAAAGUUAUGGGUGGGGAUGAAUUGUCUGCUCUAACGGGAAAAAAUGUUCUGAUUGUUGAGGAUAUUGUUGAGACCGGAAGAACAAUGCAGACAUUGCUUUCUCUAUUAAAUAAGCACAAUCCAAAGAUUGUCAAAGUAGUAAGCCUCUUGGUCAAAAGGACACAAAAAAGCUCUGGAUACAGACCGGAUUACAUUGGGUUUGAAGUUCCGGAUAAAUUUCUAGUCGGAUAUGCCCUCGAUUACAAUGAGUAUUUCAGAGACCUCAGUCACAUCUGCAUCCUGAAUGAGAAUGGAAGAGAGAAGUACAAGAAGUGAGAGGGAUGCAGGACCCAGACGGCUGCACAAUCAACUGACACGCAGACCACUGUGAAGCUGCUUAUUUUUUUAUUUUAAUGUUUGGCCUUUUUAUGUUUUUCUAUUUAACUCUUGACAGUUUCGUCACGGGGCCCCUCCUUUUGAGGAAAAAAAUAGUUUUGCAAAUAUUUGAUGUUCUGGAUUUUUAUUUGUGAAUAACUUGAACAAAAAUGUAAAUCUGGAGUUGUUUCAUGUACCUCAACAGCUGGAAUAUGAUUAGACAAAAUGAAUGUUGCAAGGGGGAGUGAGGUUUCCUUAAGUAAUAAGCCCAAACAAGACCCUGAGAUACCAGGGCAUUAGUGUAGUGAGCUACAAAUUAGAUUUGUUUUUAUUUGUGUAAAAACAAUUGAUGUUUUUGGCCGACGUAAACUAUCAUCCAUCGUUAUCAGUUUGUAUUGUUAAUAUAAAGGACAGGUGAUCAACAUAGUUUUAAUUUGCACAAGGAAUGUAAAGAAAAAAGGAAUGUACAAAUAUUUAUUUGUAUGUUUAGUUUUGUUAAGAGCAAGAUCAUAAUGGAAUAAUUUAUUUCAGCAAUAAUAA